AUGUGCGUCCCCAGCCGGCCCUGCCUGUGCGACGAGCUAACCAGCAACAGGCCGCGUAUAACCAUAUCCAUCAACGCGCCCGACGAGCCCGCCGACCAGGAGCUGCUGAACCUCGACCUGCCGCCUGGUCUGACCCUGGCCGACCUCAAGGGCUUCGUGCAAGUCGAGGCAAAUUUCCCCGUCAACUCGCAGUACUUCUUCUACAAUGGCCAGCCGCUCGCCGGCGACUCCAUGACGCUGGAGCAGGCCGGCAUCAAGGAUGACGACAUGCUGGUGGUCAUGAUCCGGCGGCAGGGCCAGCGCCAGCAGCCCGCCGCCCAGCGCCCGGCCCAGCAGCAACCGCCCCGGCCGCGCCGCUCCCCGCAGGACGACGAGAUCGAGACCACCCGGCUACGCAUCCUCGGCGACCACAAUGCCUUGCGCUCCCUCCAAGACUCGCGCCCCGAGCUGGCCGCGGCCGUGAAUGACCCGAAUCGCUGGCGGGAGGAGUGGAUCAACAUGAAGCGCCUGCAGGAGGAGCAGCAGCGCGAGCACCAGCGCCAGCUGGACCUGCUGAAUGCCGACCCCUUCAACGUCGAGGCCCAGGCGAAGAUUGAAGAGAUGAUCCGGCAGGAGCGCGUCAUCGAGAACCUGCAGCAUGCGUACGAGCACAAUCCCGAAGGCAAUCGCGGCAUUCUGUGCUGUGGCGAAGAACUUGUCUGGAGCGGGUUCUUUGUGAGCUUCUUUGGGCGCGUUACGAUGCUCUACAUCAACUGCGAAGUCAACGGACAUCCUGUCAAGGCCUUUGUCGACUCGGGCGCACAAGCAACCAUCAUGUCACCAUCUUGCGCCGAAGCGUGCGGCAUCAAACGACUCAUCGACAAUCGUUACGCGGGCAUGGCUGUCGGCGUCGGCACGGCAAAGAUCCUCGGACGCGUGCAUCACGCGGAAAUCAGCAUCGGCGGGGCCAUCAUGCCUUGCGCAUUUACUGUCAUGGAGGGGAAGUCGGUUGAUUUACUCUUUGGCUUGGACAUGUUGAAGCGCUACAAGGCCAAGAUCGACUUGGAAAAGAACUGCUUGUGCUUCGAAGGCAUCGAAGUUCCUUUCCUACCAGAAUCCGAGAUACCCAAGUCUUUCGAGGAAGCUCAGCUAGACGAACCAACCGUCUCUGGCCCGAACGGUACAGAGGUUGGCACAAGGUCGGGCGCUGUACGCCCUGCAGGAUCUGCUGCGGCCUCGUCGUCGGCAUCUGCCGGCCAGUCAAGCUCCAGCGCCCAGGCGCAAGGCUCCAGAUCUCAAGCUCAAGGGCGCACUCUGGGGGCUUCUGAGCAGAGGAAUACUUCAGCUGCUCCCUUCCCAGCCGCCGAUAUUGACCAGCUCGUCAGCUUGGGUUUCUCGAGGCAGCAAGCCAUCAACGCACUGCAAGCGUGUGGCGGAAACGUGGAAUAUGCCGCCAGCCUGCUCUUCCAGGGAUAG